CCGUGAGCCCGGAGGGUGCUCUCUCGUGCGCCUGUCCGCCCAGCCUGCCGCAGGCUCGCUCUUUGCCGCCGCACGCCACCAAGCUCACCAAGAUGCCAGACGGUCACAAAGAUGAACUGCGUGCCGCACGGUGCAACUCCGCCAAAAGCAUUGGAAUCUAUGGCUUAUGUUACUGCAAAGCCCUCCAAAUGCCCCGUUUUUGGCCCUCGUCUGGCCUCGCAUCCCGGCUUGUUCUCGACACUGUGACAUCACUUUCCCGGGACGCGGGGUUCUCUGCUUGUCUCGCCCUCGUCCGAGUCUUCCAAAGCUCCAAUUGAGGCACCGUCGUCCUGCUGGUCUCAUGUACAUCACGAAAGCGGAUACGUACGGGUAGGGGAUGAUCAGCUCAUAGGCCAUCAUCGCGGAGGAGCGCGGUAUCGAUGUCAAUGUCGCAGCAAGUGAGCUACGAUGGUCGCUCUGGUCUACAAGACUCGAGCCUGCAGCCGGUUGCGGACGAGAAUGCGAUAAAGAACAACGAGCCGUCGCAGCCGGUGCCGCCUCCAUAUCACUUCGACUUAGGCCGGCGCCCGCCCACCUGCCUCGCGUGCACACCUUCGCCCAACGCCGCACGGGUAGUGGACACCAGGCCUCGCCGCGAUAUAUAUCCCAACAAGAAAUGCAGAGGCACCGAGCGGCACGCUCAGGCACCAAGGCGAUGCGUCUUCUGGCGCAGGGCAAGGUGGUCGCCAGAUGGUGGUUCGCAUAUCCUGACGCAGUCUGAAGACCACCGGAUUGAGAUCUUCAAGGUGGUCAACACUUCUGCCGCACUACGUAACUUGAAAUGCGAGACUCUGGUCAACGGCAAAGGUGACAAGAGCAACCCGAAGGCUGAAGGUGUGAGUGAAGUGGGGCAUGCCUUGCAGCUCGAGCGCACCCUAGAGUGGAUCGCGCCAAGUCCCAUUGUUGAGGGGGCCUGGUACCCUUAUGCGGCGUAUGCUCCUCUGCAAGAGAAUCAACCGCAACACGCUUCGCACCCGUGGCUGUUCAUCGUCAGCUGUCGUGAUACUCCAAUCAAACUCGUUGAUGCGCAUACAGGCAAGACACGCUCGAGCUAUAGCCUCGAAUCACACAUCGAGACAUUGCUCUCGGCGCACACUUUGGCGUUCUCUCUCUAUCCGUCCAUGACCUCGUCUGAACACCCACCGCAGCUGGUCAUGUACGCCGGCCUCUCCAGCACCGCCCAGCUGGGGCUCUUCAACUUGGCGGAAAGCGAAGGUAUCAAUCGGGCCGGACGCGUGAGCCUCGGACUCAAGGCAGGCCAUUCGGCAGCUAAAGCUCUCGCUGCUACACGCCAGGAGCAUGCGGCGCACGACCGGGCAGUCAAACGCCGAAAACGAAAUCAAAGCAUCACCUGCAACGCUGUUGGUGGCUCGAUCGGCCAGCGCGGUAUCAUCUCUUGCUUCGACAUUGCGUUUGACUGCGCUUCGGUAGAGCGGGGCGGCGAUGACCCAUCAGCCAAGGCGGGCGAGGAGAUCCUCGCGAUUGCGACGCUCGACGGCGGCAUCGGGCUCUACUCGACAGCUGCUCUACGCUAUCUGGCGGCAGCGGACGGUGCUGCUUGGGAUCCGCACAAGAUGGAAACGCUAGCGGGCAUCGGGCUGAAUGCUUGUCUUUCUGGUUGGCGCGCUGGACUGCCUUCAGCCAGUAAUGCCGAUGAUGAUGAUUACAAUCACGGGGUUCAAGGCGACGGCGAAGAAGACGCGGCGGCCUCGCAGAUCCUCUUUCACCCGACGAUACCAUACCUGCUCUUCGUUGCGCAACGACGACACAAAGGAAGGAUCAUCGUGUACGAUACUCGCUAUCUCCCCAGACGGAAACAUAGCACCGGCUCGUUCGACAAUCAGGGUCUGUCGUUCGACGAAGUCGACUUUGAACGGACAGCAAGCGCCCAGUGCAUCGCUGCUGUGCUUAUGACUGGGCGGGUCGAGCGCUCUGCGUCACCGUCACCAGUCGCAGCAGCGGCGGCGGCAGCACGUUCCAGCACGCGUACAGCUCGGCCGAACAAUCAGAGGGUCUUUUUUGAUGUCGACUGGGCGGGCCGGUGGCUCGUCUCCGGCGGGCCCCCGCCUGCGUCGCUUAUCGACGGUAAACAGGAGGAGGGAGAAGGAGGGGGAUGGGUGCACGUCUGGAAUAUCAGCGAGGAUGCGCUACUCAGCGGGCCUUCAGGGCCCAACAAAUCCGAGGCAACACAGGGAAAGGACUGGUUCAAGUUGCCUCAAUACAGCUUCCACUCUCACGAAGAUGUCGUUACGAGCUGCGUGCUGCACCCCUACUAUCCAAUGUUACUCACGACUGCAGGCUCGCGGAGAGCACUGUUCGAGGCGCAGCAGCUGGUAGACGAUGAAGAGGAGAGUGACAGUGACGAAAGCGGUAGCGGGGAGCCUUCCGGCUUGUCCUCACCGUCGUCUUCACCGUCAUCUUUAUCCGCGACUUCGACUUCUUCGCCAACGAUGAGCGCGCCUUCCGACGAAGGCGGAGAUGCUUCUCCAACAGCAGCAACCGCUCCUGCCUCCAACCUUAUGUGGGAUGCGAGCAUGAAGCUGUGGGAUCUCCGCCGAGGAUGAUGACGACGAAUCACGUCUCCGCGCGAGCAAGCAAAGUGACUGAACGAGGAUGUAGCACGAGAGCAUUGCGCAUGCGCGCUGAUGAGGCUUUCCUUUCUGCUGUUCUACGUGUCCCUGGCGCUAGUGUUGUAAACGUCGAGCGAGCUGAAAAGAAUUUUGAGAACUCGCUCGAGCUGUGCACGCACCGGCCUGAAAGCGGGCGAAAGCAGCUCAUCUCUUUCGUGAGCCAGGCAUUCUGUGUACAGCGUGUAGCUUUCAGCGGGGACCCCGCACUCAGCGCUGACAAUUGAGACCUCAGAAAUCGAGUGCCACAAAGCGCGGCGCCCCGCGAUGAGGGUCGCCGUGGCUGGUGAGUCGGCCAGGCAGAAAACGCAUGGCCGUGAAAGGAAGCACGUUGUACGCACCUGUCGCAUAUAGGACGUGCAGAAGCAG